UGUUGAACAAAGAAAUUUCCCAGAUAUCAAAUGCUUAUGAUAGAUCAAAACCUUACCAAAUCCCUAAUUUCCGAAUUCGCAUUCGCAAUUCAAACACGAACCCUAAUCUAACCAGAUCGCAGAAAUUCUCACAUCUCCUGGUUCGCUCACCGUGGCUUCCUCAGGUUCGCCGGGCCUGACUCGAAGAAAGCCCUCUUCUUCAGCUCCGUCUACCGUCGGGCCUAGUCGGGUCGUGGUCAGAGAAUCGUUGAAGAAUUCCCAAUCUGAUCUCCCUUUUUGGCAACGUAACUGGUUCAUCGGAUUGCUCUUCGCCAUGGCCAUUGGUUUCUUUGCUUUGGCUGUCUUCCUCUUCCUCGGCCUUGAUCCCGAUAAUGGCUACGCUUCCUCGGCUUCUGCUGCCUCCUCCGAAGGCGUGGAGAUUACUUAUGGGACAGUUCUAAAGCUGAUGCAUGAAAGGACCAAAUUUCGACUUCAUUCCCACGACGUGCCGUAUGGUUCUGGCAGUGGACAGCAAUCAGUUACUGGUUUUCCCAAUGUUGACGAUUCCAAUAGCUACUGGAUUGUUAACCCACAGCUUGGAUCAUCUGCUAAACAAGGCGAUGCCAUUAAAAGUGGGACAAUCAUUAGGUUGCACCACAUGAGAACUAGGAAAUGGCUACAUAGCCAUUUGCAUGCCUCCCCAAUAUCAGGCAACCAAGAGGUAAGCUGCUUCGGCGGGGACAAUGAAUCUGACACUGGCGAUUAUUGGAGGCUUCUGAUUGAAGGGAGUGGGAAGACCUGGAAGCAAGAUCAAAGAGUUCGCCUUCAGCAUGUUGACACGGGUGUCUACCUGCAUAGUCAUGACAAAAAAUACACCCGAAUUGCUGGAGGACAGCAGGAGGUUUGUGGUGUCACAGAAAAGCGCGCCGACAAUGUUUGGUUGGCAGCAGAAGGCGUAUACCUCCCUGUCAACGAAACCAAGUAGAAUUUAGUCAUGGGACCUCGAAUUUACUAAUACUACUCUGUAUAAAACAGGUACAUGGGUUUUGGAUUGUUUUGGUGGAUGGUACCUGGUCAGGUAACAGUUGUAGACGUCCUACUAAAUGAAAGAAGACCUAUCUAAGAAA